GGACUACAAGAUGAUGCAACGACAGCAGCAGCGUUUGCGAUUACUUCAACAGCCUCCAAGGCUUACACUGUACCUACCCUGGAUACAUCGAUCACGUCAAAGACGCUACUGCCAAACAAUACACGAUCAGCCAGUACACCUCUACCUACCUAUUCUCAAACCAUCUCACCAUCACAUCUGCAACAUAGCACACUCUUUACGUUGAUAGCACAUCAUACGGACAUAUACCUGCAUGGCUACUCCAGCUGCUCCUCCCAAAUUAGGGCUCAAUCUCGUCUCGGCUACCGUACCUCCAGAGAUCAUCCUCAAGAUCAUACAGUAUCUCCCGUUUGACAACGGCAAAGAUAUCCUCAGACUCCAACACGUGCAUCCGCGACUACGAGACCUCCUCGGAAAUUACGAACGAUCGCUUACACGGACUUUCAUGAACCGAGAGCUACCGCACGCAUCGACAGACUUCCCGUGCUGUGCCAAGUUUGGGUAUCGAUGUCUGGCGGAAUGCGUAAAGAGAUACGAUGUUGUGGAUGAUGUGAUGGACGCGCUGUCGUCGCGGCAGAAUUGCUACGCAGUGGACGAGCACAACAUGGCCUUGCUGAAUGCCGGAUUACUGCUCAUAUAUCGCAUAGCGUCUCUGGAAGACCACAACACCAAACUCACGUUCAUCAAAUCCCUCCCUCGCGACCCCCUCACAGCGGUAUACCUCACGCUCCAUAACUCCACGCUCACAGCGCGCUAUCAUGGUUCGGGCUGGAUCAAUCAGCGCACAUACGGCCGCUUCAUGGACGCGAACCAGAUUUCGCUGCGCAACGAACUUGAGUUCUGCUUUGCUGAGGCCGCUCUCACAUUGGGACCAGAGUUCAUCUCAGACCUUCUGCUGCGACCAACGAAACCAGGCGCUGAAGCUACAUUCCUGAACUUCUACCACGAUCAUGGGACGCAUGAUUGGGAGUGGCCAGGGUGGGGCGAGGGGAAGGGUGAGUUCAACCCGCCUAGGACGCAGGGGCCGAAGAAGCAGUCUUGGAGCAUGGGAAGGAGCUUAUUUACAACCCUGUUGGAGAGGCUAGCGGAAUGCUUAAAAUGCUCGUUGGAUGAAGUGCGGACAAGAAUAGAGGAGCAGACCAACGACCCAGAUCAUCCCUUAUCAUACUUGAACUUGUAUGGCAAGGCGCGGCUGAUGGAGGGUCGGAAUUGGGACUGGGCAGAGGAGGAGCAGCAGAAAGGGCGGCGGGAUUCAGUCCAUUCCUAGCAUAUGUACAGCACACAAAC